CCUUCGACGAUUGCUCCGCGAGGAGUGAGCCCGUCCGCAACGAGCGACCCAUCCGCCCCCCACCCACGCCCACGCGUCAGAAACGCGCAAAAAGACGCGUUUUACUAACGAGUGCGACCUCCGAGUGCGAGUGCGAGAGCGUCCCUUGCGAGACGGGUGCGAGAGAAGGAAGUACGUCGCCGACAAGAGUGCGAGAGCGAGAAAAGUGCGGGUGAUUGCCGAGAGCGGACCAAAAGAGAGCGAGAGAGAAGCGAGUGCGCGUUUCUCAUUCUCUUCUCUCGCACUCGUCGCGCCCUUUUCCUGCCCUGGUCGCGCGCCGUCGUCGUCGCCGGCGCGCGCUGGGUCUGGCGCGACAUGCCCGUGGUCCUCGUCGUCGCCCUCGCCGCGGGCGCCGCGUCCGCGCUGCUCACGCGCGUCAUGCUCCUCGCGCAGCGCCUGCGGCGCCGCGCGGCGUGGCGCGGGCCCCGGUUCGCGAAGUUCGCCGAGGCCGUCGCCGUCUGCGUCGUCAUCGGCGUCGCCUUCUUCCUGCUGCCGAAGCUCGGCGCCUGCCGGGCCCGCGACGACGGCCACCGCCGGCGCCUUGCGGGCGGGGAGCGCCACUACCGCGCCUACGACUGCGGCGCGGGCCGCUACAACGACCUCGCGUCGCUGACGCUCGUCGGCGAGGAGGGCGCGAUCAAGGCGCUGCUCGCGCGCGACGUCGCGAAACCGUUCUCCGGCGCGUCGCUCGGCGUCUUCGUCGCCGCCUACUUCCUCUGCUUCAGCGCCAUCGCGGGGCUGUCCAUCCCCAUCGGCACCUUCGUGCCGAACAUGCUGUUGGGCGCGGCCGUCGGGAGGCUUAUAGGCGACGCCGCGGGCGAGCUCGUCGGCGGCAUCUCCGGCGGCGGCCUCUUCGCGCUCGGCCGCGCGGAGCGGAAACGCGGCGACGUCGUCGACAGCGUGCGCCGAGGCCGGGAGCGCAUCGCGACGAUGCCGUCGCCCUUCGCGCGGUCGCCCUUCGCCGGCGGCGACGCGUCGCCGCGGGACGCGCUGCCCCGGCGGCGCCUCUUCGGCGCGGACGGCGCGCCGGCGACGCCCGACGGCGAGCUCGACCUCGACGCCGCGCGCGGCGACGCGCCCGCGCGGCCCGCGCGCGCGGAGGGGCCGCGGGGCGACGUCGACGUGCUCGCGCUCGCGGACAGGGCGCCCUACGCGGUCCGCGCGGACUUCCCCGUGGGCCUCUGCGUGCCCCUCGUCCGCAAGCUCCAGCUGGCCUACGUCGUCGUCGUCGAGGACGACGGCGCGCCGCGGGGGCUCGUGGAGCGCGUCCACCUCCUCGGCCUCGACCUCGAGCGCCUCGAGCGCAUCGCCGUCGCCGCGGGCGACGGCGCCGAGGCGGAGCGGAGCCGCCGCGUCGACGGCGACCUCGAGCUCCGCGCCGCGGGCGACACGCUCAACCUCCGGGCGGAGAUCCUCGGCUACGCGACGUCGGCGUCGCCGCCGGGGCCGCCGCAGAGCCCCUACGACGGCCUCGCGGCCACGC